AUGUCAUGGGGCCAUGCAACGAGCCAUGACUUGACGCAUUGGGACGAACAGCCCAUUGCUCUCCUCGCCCGAGGUUUCCCCGAGAAUGUGACGGAGAUGUUUUUCACUGGCAGUGCUGUUGCCGACGUAAAAAAUACCAGUGGGUUUGGUGUUGAUGGCAAAACUCCCUUGGUUGCUGUGUAUACUUCUUCCACCUUACCUAGUGGUAAAGAAGUGAAAGCCAACCAGCAAUCGCAAUCACUUGCUUAUAGUCUCGAUGAUGGUAUGACAUGGACCACCUACGACGAACGCAAUCCAGUCAUCCACAACCCUCCAGCCCCAUAUCAAGAACAAUACGAGAACUUUCGGGAUCCUUUCUUGUUUUGGCACGAACAAACGAAGAAAUGGAUUCUCGUUACAGCAUUAUCCGAAGUCCACAAAAUUGUCCUCUGGACCUCAGACAACUUGAAAGACUGGGAAGUCUUGAGUGAGUUUGGCCCUUCUAACGGUGUCGGUGGAGUGUGGGAAUGUCCCAGUCUCUUCCCUCUUGACCUCGACAACGACAAAUCGAAAACAAAAUGGGUCAUGAUUGUGGGACUCAAUCCAGGAGGUCCACCAGGCACUGUUGGAUCCGGAACGCAAUAUUUUAUUGGCAGCUUUGACGGAGCGAAAUUUACCCCCGAUGACGAGAGUGUGUACCCCGGAAACAAAACCUCGAAUUGGAUGGACUGGGGGCCGGACUAUUAUGCAACUACCAGUUUUAAUGGACUCCCAAGUACCGAUCAUACUGUCAUUGGAUGGAUGAACAAUUGGCAGUACGGCACGAAAAUCCCAGUAUACCCUUGGCAUGGCGCAAUGGCGGCUCCCCGACAUCUGUCUUUGAAGACGAAAAAUCAGAAGCCGGCCUUGAUCCAGCAGCCGAAUGAAGCUUGGAAAUCUAUUCAAAGCCAAGGAAAACAUUCAUCCACAUGGAAGACUUUCAACCAAGGAAACAAAGACCUUGAUUCCGUCGGAAAAACGCUGGAUGUUGAGUUGGAAUUCUCUGCUUCGGGGGCAUCCGAGUUUGGAAUCAUUGUUCAAGCGACUUCUGACUGGAAACAACAAACCAAAAUUGGUUACAAAUUUGAAGAAAAGCAAAUGUUCGUCGACCGAACCAAAUCUGGCGAUGUCUCUUUCGAUGAAACCUUUGCGAGUGUAUACCAUGCACCGUUAAUUCCAAACUCGGAUGGGACGGUGCGUCUUCGGAUAUUGGUUGACUGGUCAAGUAUUGAGGUGUUUGGAGGCGAAGGAGAAGCCACCCUGACUGCUCAAAUCUUCCCAAGCCAAAAUGCAACAUUUGCACGGCUAUUCUCGCAUGGUGGAGAUACCAAGAAUGUCCAACUUGGAGUUCAGAAGGUUUCUUCGACUUGGAACUAG